AUGGACCUCGCUCUCAAUGAUGUUCAUGUUCUGGUGACAGGUGCAAGUGGCGGGAUAGGUCUAGCAACAUGCCGUCUCUACUUGACCGCCGAAACUUACUCCGGAGUCGGACUGGAAGAGCAAGGAGCCAAGAUCACAGCUCACUACAAUACCACCUCCUCCACACUUGAUCCUUUGGUGGCCGAGUACGGCCCAACACGCGUUCGCACCAUCCAGGCCAAUCUCGCCCAGGAGGAAGAUGCCAUUCGCAUGAUGAACGUCAAGACCGAGGGCUUUGGUGCGGUACAGGUGCUCGUCGUCAAUCAUGGCUAUUACCCUCCGAACGAUGUACCCGUGUCACGCAUGACUCUCGCGCAGUGGAAUUCGACGAUGAACUCCAACCUCACGUCAUCCUUCUUGGUAGUCCGGGAGUAUCUUAGGCAUCUCGAAGACGCGACUGCCGCGGAGAAGGACAAGGCUGCCAUCGUGAUGAUCGGGAGCACAGCAGGGAAAUACGGGGAAUUCGGUCAUGCCGACUACUCGGCGGCCAAGAGUGGCAUGAUGUAUGGACUCUUGAUGACCCUCAAGAAUGAGAUUGUCAAGAUCGCGCCCAAGGGACGCGUGAAUUGUAUUGCACCUGGUUUUCACAUCAAGCAUGGCGUUGACGCCACGCAUGUAGGUUGGGUCAAGACACCCAUGGCCGCGCAUGCCCUCGAGAAUCCCGAGAUUGUCUACCGCGCUCUGGCCACCAUGCCACUAAAGAAAGUGGCAACGCCCGGGGAUGUUGCGACACAGGUCGUCUUCGUGUCGUCCACUGCUGUGUCUGGCCACGUUUCUGGGCAGGUGAUCAUGGUAGAGGGUGGUAUGGAAGGACGUUUGUUGAACAAGCCCGAAGACAUUGUAUUGUGA